GAGAGACCGAGUCAGAGAGAAAGAGACGGAGAAAGACGGACGCAGGCGCAGAUGCAGACGCGCACGGAGGGAUCCAGAAAUCCGGGGAUAAUAAUGCGAGGAUGGGAAUAAACAAUAUGUCGCAGCGUGUUUGGAAACACACACUGCUACACCGUGAAUACUGAAGCAUUGAAGAGUGUGUGUGUGAGCGUGUGUGUGUGUGUGUGUGUAUGAAAGAGCGUGUACGUGUGUGAGCUGGUCAUCAUGGCCUCCGAGAAUGUGACCUUGGAAAAUCAGCUUCACAGUGCGCAGAAGAACCUGCUGUUCCUGCAGCAAGACCACGCCAACACUCUGAAGGGCCUCCAUGCGGAAAUACGUCGCCUGCAACAGCACUGCACAGAUUUGACGUACGAGCUGACGUGCCGGAGUUCCGAUCCGAACGAUGACGGCGAGGCACGUUGUAUGGAGCUCCAGCGUCGCUGCGAGAAGCUGGAGGAGCAGCUGAAGGCCAAAGAGCAGGAGAACAGCGAGCUUCUGCGUGAGCUCGAGCAGAAGAACGCCAUGAUCUCGGUGCUGGAGAACACCAUCCGCGAGCGUGAGAAGAAGUACCUGGACGAGCUGAAGCUCAAGAGCCACCGGCUGGCCGUGUUAUCCGGGGAGCUGGAGCAGAGAGCUGGGACCAUCGCUUUCCUCACUGCGCAGCUCCACGCCACCAAGAAGCGCCUUCUGGAGGGCGGAGCCGCCUUCAAACCGGCCCCGCCGGCAGAGCCCCGCCUCGACUCGCCCACCAACGGAGCUGCGGGCAAGCAGCCGGACACUCCCCGCAGGCGCAUGCGCAAGAGCCUGUCCCAGCCGCUGCACUGCGAGUACACCGAGCUCUACAGGGUGGGCGCGGCCGACGGUCGAAGGAUCGUCCUCAGAGAUGCGACGGGAACGAUGCCCGACCCCGCGCCGUUCCUGCAGGCCCGGGACACCCCCGCUAAUGCUGACACGCAGCCCCUGCUCCGCGAGCGACCCCCCAUUAUCCCGCCCAUCACUUCCUCAGCGAGCCCCACCCAUUCUCUUAUGCCUCAGAGUCCCAGGCAUCAGCGAAGCCCCGCCCACGUGGGAGUUGCUCACAGGAUUCAUCACCAACUGGCAGAAGUGGAGACGCUCGCUGUGGAUCAGGUUAGCGACGAGAAGGUGAUGCGUAAACCAUCGGCUACUGACAGAACUGUUUAACACACACACACACACAUACACAGUGUCUUAACACUGAAUACAGCCAAUACAGUAUAAACAGGACUAACUAGAAAACCACACACACACACACAUGCAACCAAUCUAUAGAAAUCACUCUAUAUAUAUCUCUCUCUCAAUACUAUAACUCAUGUAGCCACACAAGCACAGCCUGAACAAAGCAGUCGAAACACUGGACGCACGUGCAACCUAAACGGGACAACGUACGCACGUGUGCUGCUGGUAAGACUGAACGGGACAAAAGCAUCCGCCUCUCUAUAGCCUGCUGUUUAUGCAAAACUGUAAGACCAGAAGGUUUUUUUUCUUCUCACGCGUAACACCACAGCGUCUUUUCGGAGGUCGGUCGGAACCUGAGUGUACGCAUGCCAAAUGUUUUAUGUUCCUUACCUCAUUCACACGUCGUGUUUUUUUUUCCUCCUAGAACAGACUCAAAUAGCCAAAUCGUGACAUGGUCGCUCUACAUGGUCGCAUUAUAGAUGCGUAAUUCUCGCUGCGCACUGCGGUAUUAAAUCGGGUUUGCUCUCUACUCCUGCCUGCUCUGUACAGGUCGCUCACAUUACUGUAGACUCCUGCUGCUUUCCCAAACUGUAACGCAUAAAGCAAGAGAUCAAACAAA